AUGGGUAAAAGAAAGAAGUCAUCUAGAGGUCCAGCCAAGAAAGUGGUCCAGAGGUUGGAUACGGCGUUCAAUUGUCUAUUUUGUAACCACGAGCGCUCUGUGAGUGUAACGAUGGAUAAAAAAAAUAAUAUUGGGUCACUACAUUGUAAAAUUUGUGGGCAGUCGUUCCAAACACGUAUUAACGGACUUUCGCAACCAGUUGAUGUUUAUAGUGAUUGGUUCGACGCUGUAGAAGAGGUCAAUGAGGGAAGACAUAGUGAGUCAGAAGAUGAAAAUAGUGACAGUGACUACGAGAGUGAUUCCGAUGCUGAACCCAAAACCAAUCGCAGAAAGCCUGUUGGAAUAUAUUCUGAUGAAGAAUCUGACGAAGAAGUUUCCAAGGCGUCUGGUACGAGAAACAACGAUGAGGAUGGUGAGGAUUCUGGGGACGACGAAGGUGAUGAGGAUGACGACGACGACGAUGACGACGGGAGAAUAUCGAGUAAAAGGGGGAGAGCAGCAUGGAUGGACAGUGACGACGAAUGA